AUGGGAGAUGUGCAGGUGGUUACCCCCACUCGCACUUCAAAGAGCAGCCAGGCUGCAGACAGGAAACCCCUGGGUACCGAACCUCCAGUUUUCACGCUUCCUCCCCACAAUGUCUAUGUCUCUCUGGGGGGCACUGCCCACCUUAGUGGAAAGGUAAGAGGGUAUCCUGAUCCACAGAUAUGCUGGUACAGGAAUGGUAAGGUUGUGGUGCUUGGAGGCCGUUUCACAGUAGAGCAGGGUUCAUGUGGGACCUUCAGUCUGACAGUGCAGGGAGUUCAGGGGGAAGAUGGAGGCUUCUACACCUGUGAGGCUAUUAACGACGCUGGGAGUCAACAGGUCACCAUGGAAAUCAUUGUAAAAGGGAAUACAACGAACAAACGUCAGCUGCCCUCCUCCAGUGGACUGUCAGGUGGCCAUGUUUGGCCCCCAGCAGUGGAGAACAGGACAAGCAUCUGGGGAGAAAGCCCCCCAAGGUUUGUGACCAAACCCUCACGACUCUUUGUCAGAAUGGGACAGAGUGGAAAAUUCUGUGUCAAGAUAACUGGACGUCCACAGCCUCAGGUCAAAUGGCUCAAGGGCGAUGUUGAAGUUCAGUCCUCAGAGCGCUUCAACGUUUUUGAGAGGUCAGGGAUACACUUCCUGGAGAUCCGUGAUGUUUGUGCAGCUGAUGCUGGAAUCUACACUUGUUCAGUCUCCAACAGUGCAGGCAAAGCUGUCGGAACAGCAGAGCUGAACGUGCAUAUCACACAAACCAGCAAUGGGAAUCUGAACAACAAAAGAGUGACCAAAUCACCAGCACAAGCUGAGACCAUUAUGUCUCCAAGAACAACCAAAGAAACCAAAGAUUCAACCAGGAUCAAAGCAGAGGGCUACCAAAGCUCAGCAAUGUCUGCCAAGGUGACUGGUGAGCCCAGGCAUGAGGAGUCCCAGAAAACAUCACCCCACACUCACCCAAAAGUCGAGGGGUUCCUCCAAACCAACCCAGUGACUCAACCCAAACCUGAGAAAUCCCAGCAAACCUCGCCCCUGUCUUAUUCCAGAGAGGACAUUUGGAGGAGUAAACCUGGGGAGGUGUGGAGGAGUAAACCUGGGGAGGUGCGGAGAGGAUUUUCACCAUCCAGGCACUCUCACAGGGGUCAGACCACCCUGCCCACAGAGACCAAGGCUCACAGUUUAAGUGAGGGUAAAAGAAUUCAGUUGGACACUGGAUGGAGCCCUGCGCACCCUGUGAACGAACCCAGCAGAGAAGCCUGCAGACUGGGUAGAGAAAGCAGGACAGAAGCCUUGGGAACUCCACCCACAUUUGACCUCUGGCCAGAGAAUCAGGAGGUUAUGGAGGGGUCAAAGAUCAUAUUUAAGUGUCAAGUGAUGGGUUCCCCGGGGCCCACCGUGACCUGGGUAAAAGAUGGCGCUGUGAUACAGGAGGGACUGGGUGUGUCCACACAGCGGGAGGGUGCUCUGUUCUCACUCUGUCUGGAGAAUGUCCAGAGGACGGAUGCCGGCCAAUACAGCUGCACUGCCACCAACAGCAAAGGAAAAAUCACCAAGACGUGGUCUCUCAGCACAAAGAGGUUCAGCUUAACAGAGCAAAUUUCCUAUCCAGCUUUCAAACCUCCCUCUGUGGAGAAUUCAGUCACCUCUAAGAAGAUGAGAAGUUCUCCUGUUGAUGACCCAAAGAGGCUGUCUGCACCAGCUUUCCUCAGAGGCCUGAGAGACCUCCGGGUGAUGGACGGAGGCCAAGUCAGCAUGACUGUCGAGGUGACAGGUCAUCCACGGCCAGGGGUGAUUUGGCUGCACAAUGGGCAGGAAAUCCAAGAGAUGGAGGAUUUCCACUUCGAGCAAAAGGAGAAUAAAUACAGUUUGCUGAUUCAGGAAGUGUUCCCUGAAGACACUGGGACAUACACAUGUGAAAUAUGGAAUGAGGUUGGAGUGGCCCGCUCUGAGGCCUUGCUCACUGUACAAGAACCUCAGGAUGGAGUCCAACCAUGGUUUAUCACUAAGCCCAAAUCCACCACAGCUAGACCAGGUCAACACAUCCUACUCUCCUGUGCCAUCGCUGGAGACCCAUUCCCGGAGUUCCUCUGGAUGAAAGAUGGUCAUUUGGUGUCUGGCCGGGAUUUUGAGAUCCUUCAGAGGGAGGACUUGGUGUCUCUGCUAAUCAGAAGUGUGAAGGUUCACCAUGCAGGACAUUACGAGAUCAGACUCAGGAAUAAAGUAGGAGAAUGCAGCUCCAUGGCCAACCUGCAUGUCAAUGAAGAAACAGCAGUCAAUGCUCAGGACUCUCGUAACAUAGAGGGUAGUCAGUGUGCAGAAGGGGUGGACCAGACUGCCCGGGGCAGGGAAGUGGAGAGAGAAGGACCAGGCAUAGGACACUGCAGCUGUACAGUGCAACAGGAGCGGGAGGAGGAGCAGGAGGAGGCCAGCACAACGAGAGGACUGCUGAAGAGACGUGUGGAAACUAAAGAGCACUGUGAGGACCAGAUUCGCCAGCAAGAACCCCAGCAGCUCGACUUCCGCUCUGUACUGGGCCGAAAGGUUACCACUAAGAGUGUCUCCGAGGAGGAUCUGAAGGAAGUCACAACUGAGCAGAUGGACUUCAGGGCCAACCUCCAAAGACAGAUCAAACCCAAAACCCAGUCUGAGGAUGAGAGGAAGAUCCAUUCACCACAGCAGGUGGACUUUAGGGCAGUUUUGGAGAAGAAAGGAGGUCCUGCUCCAAAGUUAAGGAUGGAUAAAACUGAGCCCCCACCUGAUUUCAGAUCUGUGCUGUCAAGCAGAAAGAAACAGUUAAAUCUAGAAAAGAAUGGGGAGAGUCCACAACCAAAACACUCUCAAGAGACGGAGAACAACCCCAACAACAUGGAUGAGGAAAUAAAAGAGAAGAAGUGUUCAAGUGGAGGGAAAGAGCCUGUGUUUACUCAGGCGCUCUCUGAUGUCACAGUAAGAGAGGGAGCCCAGCUACAUUUACAGUGCCAGCUUCUCUCUGACGCCCAUGCCAAUGUUACCUGGACCUUAAAUGGGAAGGUCAUCAAAUCCUCUAAGUUCAUUGUCAUUGCUAACAAGGGAGGUGUGUGUUCCCUGAGCAUUGACAAGGUCCUGCCAGAAGAUGAGGGCCAGUAUGUGUGCCGAGCAGAGAACAGCAGUGGCAGAACUGAGUGCUCCUGCAGUGUGCAGGUAAAAGAUUCUACUGACACAAACUCAUCGCCCCCCAACAGGAAGACCAAAAAGCCCUCCAUUCCAACCACAGAAAAUGAGGCCAGAAUAAAGAAGCCAACACCAAAAACACCUUUUAAACAGGGCACCCCUCCUCAGAUCCUCCAGUUUCCUGACGACAUGAAGAUCCUGGCCGGGAAAAGAGUGGAUCUGCUCUGCCAGUUUACAGGCUCACUACCCAUUUCCUGUACCUGGCUCAAGUUCCGCAAACCAAUUCAGGAAGGAAAGAGUGACAUAUCCAUCGAGACUACAGACACUAGCAGCAAACUUACAAUCGCAAACAGCCAACAGGAGCACUGUGGCUGCUACACUAUAGAAAUCAGAAACAGCUAUGGAGCGAGACAGGCUGCCCUUAACCUCACAAUCGUUGACAAACCAGACCCACCUGCCCGCGUUCCUGCAGCAUCAGACAUCCGCAAGUCUAGUCUCACACUCUCAUGGUAUGGUCCAACCUAUGAUGGGGGAAGCGCCGUGACGUCUUACAACCUGGAGAUCUGGAAUUCUGUCGAUAAAGUGUGGAAGGAGCUGGUUUCCUGCAAUAGCACCUCCUACAAUGUCCAGAACCUUCUCCAGGACCGGGAAUACAAGUUCCGUGUGCGAGCCGUGAACAUGUAUGGCAUUGGUGAGCCCAGUGUGGAGUCUGAGUCUGUCACUGUAGGAGUGGAAGAGGAAAAUGAGAAUGAAGAGGAUGAGGCAGAACCAUCCGAUGAUGAGUCAGAGAAAGAGCCAGAAUACCGACAAGUGGCCAUCAGAACAGAUGUGAAAGUGAAAGAUCUCUAUGAUGUAGAGGAACGACUGGGCUCGGGGAAAUUUGGGACGGUCUGUAAACUGGUAGAAAAAGCAACAAAAAAAGUUUGGGCUGGAAAGUUUAUCAAAGCUUAUUCUGACAAAGAGAAAGAAAAUGUACGACAAGAAAUUUCCAUCAUGAACUGUCUGCAUCACCCAAAGCUUGUCCAAUGUGUAGAUGCAUUCGAAGGCAAGUCAGACAUCGUCAUGGUUUUGGAAAUGAUUUCUGGAGGAGAGCUGUUUGAGCGGAUCAUCGAUGAGGAUUUUGAGCUGACUGAAAGAGAAGUUAUUAAAUACAUGCUGCAGAUCAUAGAUGGAGUGAGAUUCAUCCACCAGCAGGGUAUUGUCCACCUCGACCUGAAGCCAGAGAACAUCAUGUGUGUCAACAAGACAGGCAGCAGAAUCAAGCUCAUUGACUUCGGCCUUGCUCGCAGGCUGGAAAAUUCAGGAUCGCUGAAAGUUCUCUUUGGGACCCCUGAGUUUGUGGCCCCAGAGGUGAUCAAUUAUGAAGCCAUUGGUUACCCCACUGACAUGUGGAGUAUUGGGGUCAUCUGCUAUAUCCUGGUCAGUGGACUGUCUCCGUUUAUGGGCGAUAAUGAUAGUGAAACACUGUCCAACGUCACGUCUGCCACCUGGGACUUUGAGGACGAGGCAUUUGACGAGAUUUCAGAUGAAGCAAAAGAUUUCAUCAGCAGUCUUCUGAAGAAAGACAUGAAAGUUCGUCUGACAUGUGACCAGUGCCUGCAACAUCCUUGGCUCAAACAGGACACUAGAAACAUGGAGGCUAAGAAACUGUCCAAGGAGAGAAUGAAGAGAUAUAUCCUGAGGCGAAAAUGGCAGAAAACAGGACACGCGGUUCGAGCCAUAGGUCGACUGUCCUCAAUGGCAAUGUUAGCGGGUGUCCAUGCAAAGAAGGGCUCCCCAGCUCAAGGUACCAUAACAACUGAUAUCCAGUCUGUGACAGGGCUGAUCUGUGAGGAGAAGACCCCGGUUAAGCCCACAUUCAGUAAAAUCAUAAAGGAUGUGGAAGUGGUGGAAGGCAGUGCUGCUUGUUUUGACUGCAAAAUUGAGGGUUUCCCUGAUCCCGAAGUUGUUUGGUAUAAAGACGACCAGCCGAUCAAAGAGACCCGUCACUUCCAGAUUGACUACGAUGAAGAUGGGAACUGUAGUCUGGUGAUCUCUGAGGUGUGUGGAGAGGACGAUGCCAAAUACACCUGUAAGGCUGUCAAUAGCAUAGGGGAGGCCACGUGCUCCGCCGAGCUGAUUGUGGAGGUGAUGGGGGGAAAAGAGGAGCAUGAGGAGGAAGAGUAA